GCCGGGGGUGGUAUUGCUAUGUGAGGGCCUCGGGCCUCCCGACCCCUCCGUCGAAGCCGCAGCCAUGGCGACCACCACCACCACCACUCCACUUAUCGUCUCCUUCUCGCGCAGCUGCAGCUGCCCCUAUCCACACCGCCACUUCCCCGGCAAGCCCAAGCUGCCCGCACCCACCUCCUGCUCCCUCUCCCUCCGCCUCCUCGCUGCCCCCCUUGCCGUCCUGCCGCGGCGCCCGCGUGACGUGUCGGCGGCGUACGGCGACGGCGACAUGGACGACGACUUCGGCGACUUCGACCCCGACGACGCGGACGGCGUCGGCGAGGACGACGACGUCGACAACGAGCAGGACUACGACGUCGACUACGACCGCCUCCUAGCUCCCGUCGUCAAGCCGCCGUCGCCGCCGGGCGCGUCGGCGUCGCCCGGGGAGGAGGGCGACAUCGCCAUGGUCGCCGCCGACAGCUUCGUCUCCACGCGGGAUUCAGCGUCCGACACCGUCGUCGACUACGCCGUGGAUGAGGACGAGUUUCACAAGAUUAGGCUGCUCCACUGCGACUUCCUUAUCCGCAAGGUGCCCGACCCCGACGACGACGUCUUCGACUUCAGAGAGAUUAACAACAUCACAUGUACAUGUCUUCUGACUCAAUUGUGUGGCGCUCAUCUUGCUGAGCACGGCAUUUCUGCGCAACAGAUGUAUGUCACGCCACCGGACACCGACAUCUACUCCAUUCCGAGGGUUCUUGCCCCGAUGCCGCAGAAGUACGCGAGGUGCACGAAGAAAAACUUUGGCCGUUACCACGUGAGCGAGCCACCAGUUGAGCAUUUGCGCGAUCCACUGUACAAGACAGAGAGGGAGAUCAUGAAGGUUUUCUUGACCAAGCACUACAGAAACAGGCGCGCUGAUGACCCAGAUUUUUUUCUUGAUUUUGAGGAGAUCUAUGUUAUUGACUCGAGAACAAGGUCAAUCACAAGAGCUAAAGUUAUGGUUAGUGUUCCUGAAGGAAAGAAAAGAGACCGGCGGAACGACCUGCUACUGAUCCGUGACGGGGGUGAGUCUUUCAGAAUCAUCGACAAGGUAUCCUGCUUGCUUUCUGAUCUGUAUACUAAAAGGGACGACGCAAGCACUAUCAUACAAAGAGAGGAGUGGGCCAAGUCGAGACAAGACGUGGAGAAGCAUUUCAGGAAGCUCAGAGACUUUGACUACUCGAAUUGGUUCUAGGAAAGGUUUUCACCGCAUCUACUGUUGAUUAUCCUGGAGCUAGCAGCUGGUUUGAUCCACUGAGAGAUGACCAUUUCGAAAUUAGAUAGGUUCGGUGUAACGUAGAACAUAUGCCAUCUAGGGAGCAUGGUAAGCUCAAAAGUCAAAAUAUUGUGAUUCUGCUGAAUGUACUACUCUUUUUUUAAAAAAAAAAUCCUUCACGAAAUGAGUUUGUUGAAUAUGUUGCGCUUUUAGCCUGAUUUCAGAACAACAUA